UCCAGCACUCUGAUUGGUCUAAAUUCUUCCUUGGGUGGGCCCUCCGGGUGCGGACAGAUUCUCAUUGGUCCCUUUCUAAAGACUGGCAUAUGAUGUCAUGCACCAGCGUCCGUCGCUUUCGCUUUAGGUCAUCUGUGGGCGCCUACACCGACGAAGCCAGAGAGCAGACAGCGGAACCAGUGGAGGCCCGACGGCAGUAGCGGCGACAGCGAAGGCAGCAGCGAUGGCUGGGGCGGGGCCGGCCCCGGGACUCCCGGGUGCAGGAGGACCUGUGGUUACGGGACCUGGCGCCGUCAUUCCGGGCAAGAGUGGGGAAGAACGCCUGAAGGAGAUGGAGGCGGAGAUGGCCCUGUUUGAGCAGGAAGUUCUGGGGGCUCCGGUAACUGGAAUCCCAGCUGCCAUGCCUGCAGUGCCUACAGUCCCCACGGUAGAAGCGAUGCAGAUCCCAACAGCUCCUGUGAUCCGCCCAAUUAUCGCGACCAACACAUACCAGCAGGUCCAACAGACUCUGGAGGCCCGGGCAGCCGCGGCAGCCACAGUGGUUUCUCCCAUGGUGGGUGGCCCUCCUUUUGUGGGCCCAGUUGGCUUUGGCCCUGGUGAUCGGAGUCACCUGGACAGUCCAGAGGCUCGAGAAGCCAUGUUUUUGCGACGAGCAGCUGUGGCCCCCCAGAGGGCCCCUAUCCUGCGUCCGGCCUUCGUCCCCCAUGUGCUUCAGAGAGCAGAUUCUGCUCUUUCUUCUGCAGCAGGUGGUCCUCGCCCUAUGGCCCUGCGGCCCCCUCACCAGGCCCUUGUGGGCCCCCCUCUGCCUGGGCCCCCUGGACCACCUAUGAUGCUACCACCGAUGGCUCGGGCCCCGGGGCCUCCCCUGGGUUCCAUGGCUGCUCUGAGGCCUCCCCUGGAAGAGCCAGCAACACCCCGAGAGCUGGGCCUAGGCUUGGGGUUGGGCCUGAAAGAGAAGGAGGAGGCAGUGGUGGCAGCAGCUGGACUGGAGGACGCUAGCGCAGCAGUAGCUGUGGGGGCAGGAGGCGCCCCAACCGGCCCUGCCGUCAUUGGGCCCAGCCUACCACUGGCUCUGGCCAUGCCUUUGCCUGAGCCUGAGCCCUUGCCCCUCCCUCUGGAAGUUGUUCGAGGCCUGCUGCCCCCACUACGCAUUCCUGAGCUCCUGUCCUUGCGUCCACGACCCCGGCCCCCACGGCCUGAGCCACCCCCUGGCCUCAUGGCUCUUGAGGUCCCGGAGCCUCUGGGUGAGGACAAGAAGAAAGGAAAGCCAGAGAAAUUGAAGCGCUGCAUUCGCACAGCGGCUGGGAGCAGCUGGGAAGACCCCAGCCUGCUGGAGUGGGAUGCAGAUGACUUCCGGAUCUUCUGUGGGGAUCUGGGCAAUGAGGUGAAUGAUGACAUCUUGGCACGCGCCUUCAGCCGCUUCCCAUCCUUCCUUAAGGCUAAGGUGAUCCGCGACAAGCGCACAGGCAAGACCAAGGGCUAUGGCUUCGUUAGCUUUAAGGACCCCAGCGACUACGUGCGAGCCAUGCGUGAAAUGAAUGGGAAGUACGUGGGCUCGCGCCCCAUCAAGCUGCGCAAGAGCAUGUGGAAAGACCGGAACCUGGAUGUGGUGCGCAAAAAGCAGAAAGAGAAGAAGAAGUUGGGCCUAAGAUAGGGUCUGUGGCUGGGCACCCGCUCCCACCUGGCCGGGCGCUGGCUCCUCCCCACAGUUCUCUUUGGAAAACCCCCCACUACCUAUCUUCCCCAAAACCAGUGUCAAUAAAUUUUUGUUCAUUUCCA